GUCUGUUUUACGUGCUCCCCCUUUUUCCCUCUUAGCAUGGGGAAGCAGAAGCAUCAAUUGGGACAAUAAUAAUCGAUUCUGCUUACAUACUGCGGCAUUUGCAGGGACUCUGGGCAGUUUGCCAAGUGUUGAAAAGAUUUAAAAACAUUAGACCACCACAAAAUAACGGGGUGGGGUGAAAGCGGAGAUAAGAAAAGUGAAUGGAAGCAGAAAGAAAAGAGGUUGUUUUUUUCAAUCAAGGAAAAUCUUUGGAUUUAUUUUCCCAUCCCAGCAGGGAGAAUAAAUAAACUCCAAAGGGGCAGAAGGAGGAGUCCUGGCUGUAACUCAUGGGUAAUUCUUCAAAAUUGGAUUUUAAGUGCUUUUUCAAGGGUCCCUCAUAAGAUUGCACACUGCCCCUCUCCCCUUGCAGAGAUUAUUCUGCUGGACCUUGCUGAUUUAUUCGUGGUGGAAUUAUCUCUGGUGCUGUUUCAGGUCCAGAAAACUUUAUAGACUUAAAUGGCUGCUGGACUGCCCAUAGAAAAGGGGGUUGAUCCCUCUCUGGAGCUGCCAUUUGGGGGAGUCGAUCAGGAGGAUCAAUCUUGGAAGACAUCAACAGAGGACAGAGCAACACAGAUGGUAUUUUCUGAAACAUUUAUUUUGUGUGCUGGAGGAAUAGAAGAACUUGGGCUUCCAAGGAAGAAUUCCAUUUGUUUUGAAGAUAUAGCUGUGUUUUUCUCCAUGGAAGAAUGGGCCCUGCUGGAUUUGGAGCAAAAAAAACUGCAUAGAGAGGUCAUGCUGGACAACUCAAGGAACCUGGCCUCUCUAACAGGUGAUGGAUGGAAGAUGGAAGGCCAAGAAGCAGCAAUACCUUUUCCAAAAGAGAUAAAGGAAGUUCUGGAGAGGAUGUUUGGAAAGAAAGAUUCUGAGGAAAAUCAGUUAAAAGUGGGGCUGGAGAAAUACUCUCAUUUUCAGUAUGCAGAUUUCAGUGUGUUCAUGGCUGAAGAUGAUCACCAAAAAAAGGGAGUGUGUCCGUGGUAUGGAAAAAUACUGAGAGAUGAAUCAGAAUUAUGUUAUUGUUCCAGAAGUGAUACUGUCCAAAAACAAAAUACAAGCUCCACAAGAACCAUUCCUGUUAUCUUAUCUCAGAGAAUAAAAGUUGGAGAAAAACCAUAUAAAUGCCUGGAGUGUGGGAAGAGCUUCAGAGUCUCAAGUCAUCUUACUUCCCAUAAAAGGCUCCAUACAGGAGAAAAACCAUAUGAAUGCAAGGAAUGUGGAAAGAGAUUCCAGUUUGCCACAAGCCUCACUUGCCACAAUAGGAUUCACACAGGUGAGAAACCAUACGAAUGCCAAGACUGUGGAAAACGUUUCACUCUCUCGGGUUCCCUCACUCAGCAUAAAUGGAUCCACACUGGAGAGAAACCAUAUAAAUGCCAGGAAUGUGGAAAGAGCUUCACAAGUUCAGGGUCUCUCACUCGCCAUAAAAAGAUCCACACAGGAGAGAAACCAUAUCAGUGCAAGAACUGUGGAAAGCGCUUCAGACAAAAAAUUCAUUAUAUCGUACAUAACAGAAUCCAUACUGGGGAGAAACCAUAUAAAUGUCAGGAGUGUGGAAAGACUUUCAGUUCUGCAAGAAAUCUUAUUUCACAUCAUAGAAUCCACACUGGGGAGAAACCAUAUAAAUGCCAGGAGUGUGGAAAGAGCUUCAACAACUCUCAGGUCCUAACUGAUCAUAACAGGAUCCACACAGGAGAGAAACCAUAUAAGUGUAAGGAGUGUGGAAAGAGCUUUCGUUCUUCAAAACCCCUUACUUAUCAUAUAAGGAUCCAUACAGGGGAGAAACCAUAUAGAUGCCAGGAGUGUGGAAAAUGCUUCACUAUGCCGGGUUCCCUCACUUCCCAUAAAAGGAUCCAUAGCGGUGGGAAACCAUAUAAAUGCCUGGAGUGUGGGAAGAGCUUCAGAGAUUCAAGUUAUCUGACUUCCCAUAAAAGGAUCCACACAGGAGAAAAACCAUAUGAAUGCAAGGAAUGUAAAAAAAGUUUCCGUUUUGCCAGGAGCUUUAUUUCCCAUAAUAGGAUUCACAUAGAGACCAGAGCAUCAUCGAUGGUAUCUUGCAGAACAUCUAUUGUCUGUGGUGGAGGGAUAGCAGCAGUUAUGCUUUCAAAGAAGAAUUCCAUUUCUUUUGAAGAUGUAGCUGUGUUUUUCUCCGUGGAGGAAUGGGCCCUGUUGGACUUGAAGCAAAAAACCCUGUAUCGAGAAGUCAUGUUGGAAAAUGCAAGGAACGUUGCCUCUCUAAGUAAGGGAUUCUGUUUUUCUGCACUAAAAUUACGAUGGAAGGUAUUUUCUAGCCAACUGCGACGAGCCCGAACCGUCUUCAAGAUUCUUCUUCCAAAUUGGAGGGGAGAAAGCGUGGAACUUGCACUCCCAUUCAAGAGCCUUCGAUUUCAUUGGAGAAGCAUUUCAGCACAGAGAAAAAUGGUGUCACACAACAAAGCAGGGGAAGAAGAAGAAAGGUCCCACAUUGUCCUGGUUGGGACUAAUGGGAAAUCCCGGGAAAGAACCAAUUACAAAGUCUUGGAAGAAGAAACUACCAGUUGGCUGAUACAGCAUCUCCAGUUCAGAGAGUUUCGCUACCAAGCUGAGGGGCCCAGAGACGUUUGCAGCCAACUUCACCACAUUUACUGUCAAUGGCUGAAACCGGAGAAGUACACAAAAGCUCAGAUGCUGGACCUGAUGGUCCUUAAGCAGUUCCUGGCCAUCCUACCCCCAGGAAUUGAGAGCUGGGUUCGGGAGUGUGGAGCAGAGACUUGUUCCCAGGCGGUGGCCCUUACGGAAGGUUUUCUCCUGAGCCAAGCAGAGGAAAAAAAGCAGAGAGAAUUGCAGAUUAAGGGGGUUUACAGGGAGAUGGCCAUGGAGCCCUCCAAAUGGGUGGAUACAUCAUGCCCCCUUCAGGAACCUGUUGGGAGGAUCUGCCAGGAGACUACAUCUCAGAGCAUAUCAGCAGAUAACAGAGCAACAUUGAUGGUACCUUUAGAAUCAUCUCUUCUUUAUGGUGUAGCAGGAACAGCUAUUGAGCUUCAAACUCAGAAUCCCAUAUCUUUUGAAGAGGUAGCUGUAUUUUUCUCUAAGGAGGAGUGGGCUCUGCUGGACUUGGACCAAAGAACUCUUUACAGAGAGAUCAUGAUGGAAAUUUCUGGGAACCUAGCCUCCAUGGGUGAUGGACAGGAGAAUGAGGAUGAUAAAAAACAAGCUGUGGAGAUUUCCAGAAGAGCCAAAAUAAAAACUGAGGAAGGGAAAUUUGGAAAUCAGCAGGGACCAGAAAUGAAAGAAGAAAGCCAGUUCAGCAGUUGGGUGGAGAAAUCCCCUACUUCUCAAUGUGCAGAAAUCCAUAUCUUUCUGACCCAAGAUGAGAAAGAAAAAACUUGUACAAGGUGUGGCAAAAUAUUCAGAGAUAAAUCAAAUUUGUGUGAAUGUUGCAAAACUCAAAGUAAAGAGAAGCAUUAUGAAUGUACAGAAUACGGGGAAAGUUGCGACUGGAGCUUUCCUCAUACAUUACAUCAAAACAUCCAUAUUGGAGAAAAACCUUAUAAAUGCACCGAGUGUGGAAAAAGCUUUGGGUGGAAUUGUCGCCUUAUGUCACAUAAGAGGAUCCAUUCAGGAGAAAAACCAUAUAAAUGCUUGGAAUGUGGAAAAAGCUUUAGUGGUUUGAGUUCAUUUAGUUCCCAUAAAAGGAUUCACUCAGGAGAGAAACCAUAUAAAUGCCUGGACUGUGGAAAGAGCUUCAGUAUGAGCAGUAAUCUUACAUCCCACAAGAGGACCCACACUGGAGAGAAACCAUACGCAUGCCUGGAAUGUGGAAAGAGCUUUAGUACUAGUAGUUCACUUAUUUCCCAUAAAAGGAUCCACACGGGGGAGAAACCGUAUAAAUGCUUGGAUUGUGGAAAAAGUUUCAGUAUGAGCAGUAACCUCACAUCUCAUAAAAGGAUUCACACGGGAGAAAAACCGUAUAAAUGCCUGGAUUGUGGAAAGACCUUUAGUAAAAGCAGUUACCUAACUUCUCAUAAAAACAUCCACACAGGGGAGAAACCAUAUAAAUGUAUGGAGUGUGGAAAAAGCUUCAAGGGGCUGAGUUCAUUUAUUUCCCAUAAAAGGAUCCACACAGGAGAGAAACCAUAUAAAUGUGGGCAGUGUGGAAGGAGCUUCCGUAAGAGUGAUAAUCUUAGUUGCCAUAUGAGAAAACACACAGGGGAGAAGCCUUAUAAAUGUACGGAGUGUGGCAAGAGCUUCAGUACCAGUAGUGAUAUUACUUCCCACAAAAGGACUCACUCAGGGGAGAAACCAUACAAAUGUCUGGAAUGUGGAAAAAGCUUUAGGGGCCUGAGUUCCUUUACUUCUCAUAAAAGGAUCCACUCAGGGGAGAAACCAUAUAAAUGUAUGAAAUGUGGAAAAUGCUUCAGUAUGAACAGUUCUCUUAUUUCUCAUAAAAGGAUUCACACUCAGGAAAAUCCAUAUAAAUGUCUGGAAUGUGGAAAGAACUUCAGCAAGAGUGAUCACCUUACCUCUCAUAAAAGGAUCCACACAGGAGAGAAACCCUAUAAAUGUCUGGAAUGUGGGAAAAGCUUUAGUGGCUUGAGUUCCUUUAAUUCCCAUAAAAGAAUCCACUCAGGGGAAAAACCGUAUAAAUGUAUGGAAUGUGGGAAGAGCUUUAGCAUGAGUGGCGCUCUUACUUCACAUAAAAGGAUCCACACAGGAGAGAAACCAUACAAAUGCUUAGAGUGUGGAAAGAAUUUUAGUCAGAGUAGUUCGCUGAAUUAUCAUAAAAGGAUCCAUACAGGGGAAAAACCAUAUAAAUGUGUGGAAUGUGGAAAGAGCUUCAGUAUGAGCAGCUCUCUUACUUCCCAUAAAAGGAUCCACUCAGGGGAAAAAUUGUACAAAUGCUUAGAGUGUGGAAAGAACUUCAGUCAGAGUAGUUCGCUGAAUUCUCAUAAAAGGAUCCAUACGGGAGAAAAACCAUAUAAAUGUGUGGAAUGUGGAAAGAGCUUCAGUAUGAGUAGCAACCUUACUUCACAUAAAAGGAUCCACUCAGGGGAAAAACUGUACAAAUGCUUAGAGUGUGGAAAGAACUUCAGUCAGAGUAGUUCGCUGAAUUCUCAUAAAAGGAUCCAUACGGGAGAAAAACCAUAUAAAUGUGUGGAAUGUGGAAAGAGCUUCAGUAUGAGCAGCAACCUUACUUCCCAUAAAAGGAUCCUUGGGGAAAAACUGUACGAAUGCUUAGAGCAUGGAAAGAAUUUCAGAUGGAGCAGCCGUUUGAUUUCCCAUAAGCAGAUCCACUCAGGAAAACUGUAUCAGUGUCUGGAAUGUGGAAAAAGUUUCAGUGGCUUGAGUUCCUUUAAUUCCCAUGAAAGGAUUCAUACUGGGGAGAAAACAUACAAAUGCAUGGAGUGUGGAAAGAGUUUCGUUAUAUCAUCCCAGUCAAAUGAUUGUCAGAAUGUAUUUGAAAAACUCCAGGGAUAGAACACCCCCAAUUCUGGGAGGCAAGCUACUUGAUUAAUUGUUCUCAGUCAGAAAAUUUCUCCUUACUUCUAGAUUGGAUCUGCAUUUAAGAUUACUUCUUGUUCUGCUCUCUGGUGCUGUUGAGAAUAAGUUCCCCUCUUUUGUGUGACAGCCCCUCAAGUACUAGAAGUCAGCUGUCAUGUUACCCCUAGUCCUCUUCAUUAGCAUAACUAGCUUCCUAAACUGUUCAUGACAAAUUAGCCUCCAGACUCUUUAUCAUCUUUGUUGCUCUACUUUGCAUAAUUUGUAGGGUCUCAUUGCCUUUUUUGUAUCAUGGUGAACAGUACUGGAAGCAGUGUUUUAGGUGUGGCCUCACUAGUGCAGUAUAAAGUGACAAUAUCACUUUAUAUAAUUUUGAUUAUUCUCUCUGUUGAUGCAGCAAAGGACUGCACUGGCUUUUUUGGCAGCUGCUGGACAUGGCUGACUCAUACUUAAGUGGUGGUCCACUCUUAGAUCUCUUUCAGUUACUGCUGUUGAAACCAGGUACCAGCUAUUUUUGUACCUAUGCAUUUGGUUUUUCCUGCCUAAGUGCAGGACCUUACCUUUCUCACCACUGAACUACACCUUGUUGGAUAGGGCCCAAUGCUCGAGUUGAUCUUCUAAAAUAUUAGCAAUUCCCCCCAGAUUGAUGUCAUAUGCAAAUUUGAUAAGUUUGUCUUCUGCCCCCUCUUCUAGCUCAUUUAUGCAGAUAUCGAAGAGUACUGGCCCAAGAUAGAACCAUGAGGUACCCAACUAUAUGACUAUGGUGGCUAGAUUAGAUAUAGUAGGCAGGAGCUUAUUGAUGGACUGUUAUGGUGAAAUGAUGUAUUUUGCAUCAUAAUGAAUGGUAAGUAAUUGAGCAACAAUAAAGGUUGUUUCCAUCUAUCUUGGGAAGUAUAGCACCCACCUACUUAUCAGUCUAGGAAUUAAUACAUUGAUUUUUAAGAGGCAAAGUAUCAUAAUGGAGGAAUCCUACCUUGAAAAUAACAAAUUAAAUCUUUUGUUUGAAACCUUGAAUUGGAUCAGCUUCAUAAUGGUCCCUAUAUUUUUCUAAGCCUUUUAUCAUCUAGUGCAGGACUUUGGACUGAAUAUGCCACUUUUGUUUCAAAUUUUCACUCUUUUUUUUAAAUGCAUUGUAUUAAAUGUUAAUAAUUUAUGUGAUAUAAACAUAGUAAAAGUUGUGAUUAGUAUAUGGUACAAAUGUAUGCUUUUGUGUUUUUAUUUUGCACAGAGAAAAAUAUAGAAAUAAAGUUUUACUUUUUCCAAGAAUUUUAUAAA